UAGUAUACUAUAGUUUGGAUCAAAUAUUAUUUGAAUAUGAGUCAUUACAAUUAAUGUGAUUAAGUAGGCUUAGGAUUAUGUAUUUUAAGUGUACAAAAAAGUUAAAACUUGGAUUCACUGAAAUGUGCUGAAGGUGUUGGACACUAGAUAAAUUAAGAAGUAAUUAUGGUGGUUGAAGGGAAUAGUCGAACAAUGUCUUCUACGAGAAUGACAGCUAAAGAACUCUGUGAGAAUGAUGAUCUAGUGACUAGCUUAAUUCUUGAUUCAUACCUGGGAUUUACUACUCAUAAAAUGAACCUCAGAUUUCGACAACCAAAAGUUGAUCAAGACUUAAAACAAAUUAUAGUAAACUUCAUUCAGCAUCAAAAUUAUGAAAAAGCUUACAAGCAGUUAUCUGAUGGAGAGUGGAUGACCACUAUGCUUUUUUCAAGGUCUAAACACCAGCAACAGAUUUUUCGUGAACAUGUGUUUCGUUACUUAAGAAUGUUUGACAAAGAAGCAGGAUUUGAAAUGCAACCUUGCAAAAGAUACUCAAUGGAAGGAAAUAUAGGGGCCAAAAUUUGUGCUACGAAAAAAUGGGAGAAAACAGAGAAGAUCCCCUACCUAGUUGGUUGUAUUGCAGAACUCACAGAGGAAGAAGAAUCUCAGCUGCUGCAGCCUGGAAAGAAUGACUUUAGUGUCAUGUAUUCUUGUCGAAAGAACUGUGCUCAGUUGUGGCUUGGACCAGCUGCUUUUAUUAAUCAUGAUUGCAGGCCUAAUUGCAAGUUUGUAUCUACUGGCCGAGACACUGCAUGUGUUAAAGUUUUAAGAGAUAUAAAUGAAGGAGAAGAAAUCACAUGCUUUUAUGGAGAGGAUUUUUUUGGAGAUAAUAACUGUUACUGUGAAUGUGAGACAUGUCGAAAGUUGCUGUAUCUGAUUGAUGUACAUUGUGAAACCUUUGUAAGGGAAGAAAGAAAAUCUAAAAUGGAAUUAAGAGGUACUGGUGCUUUUACUGACUGCCAAGUGAAAACAGAAGAAGGAGAAACGAAAACUACAUACAGUUUCAGAGAAACAGACAACCGUUUGAACAGGAUGAAACAACAGGCAAAAUCUGUAGAGGCUGCAAAGAAAACCAAAAGCAGUGUUUCACUUGAAUCUAGAGUUGACAGUAAGCUCCAGCACUCCACACUGAAGGAACUUCGUAAGAAAGGCCUCACCCAUUAUGAUGCUCAACUCUUACUUUCACGUGGUUACAAAUUCAAAGACCCUAGAGUUGUCCUUUCACCAAGAAAAAAUACAACUCGAUCUCACCAGAAGUUUUCGGGUGAAAAUGGAAUUUAUUAUAAAAACUUUCACAUCCAAUCAGAUAAACCUGAAAGAGAGUGUUAUAAUUACCAACAUAAACAGAAAUAUUGUAAUUUUGAAACUGAUCUUGAAAAUUAUAGCAUUUGUUUAGACCACCCUCAUCAAUACAGUUUUGAAAGCAUUGCUCCAGUGAAUGAAAUGAAAGAGAAACUGAGUGGAAAGCUGAGAGAAAACCAUGCUUGUUUUAUAAGUACAGAUUUUUCUGAGUGCAAAACUUUACUUACAGAAAACAUUGUUAGUCUUUCUUCUUCAUUGUUAACUGAGCAGGAACAGAAAGAAUCAAAAUUUUCAUCAGAAAGGCAUCAUAACAGCAAGUUAUGUAACAACAUUGAAUCCGAGGACAUACCUGAAAAUGAAAAGAAUGGUUUAUGUGCCAUUGAAAAUCUGGAAAAAAAUCAUUUCUCUAAUAAUGUCAACGAAUAUGAAGAAGCUGUUUCCAAACUCUCCAUUUUGGAAAAACGAAAUGGACUUGUGUGUUUGAAACAAACUGAGCACUUCUUUGAGCAUUCAAAUUCCAAAGUAGAAACAAAUCUCAAUAAUUUAUGCAAAAGAAUCAAACGUGAAGCUUCAAAAGGUUCAGAUUAUAUCAAUACCGCUUCUAAUGAGAGUCCAAAAGAUACAUCAUUGUCAAAGGUAAAUACUAGAAGACACUCUGUAUAUCCUUCAGUGGAUUAUUUGGAUGAAGAAUCAUUUAGUAGCAUAUCAUCUUCUAGUAGUAUUCAAGAAAACAAAUCACAUAAACUCAAGACAUUUGGAGGUUUACCUAUGAAUUCCAUGUACAAAAAGAUGAAUGACAACUUAUCCACAUCUAACGAAGGUUCUUUAUCGUUGCCUUCAAAAAAUAUCCAGGAACACAAGAAUAAAAUCUGCAAGUUGGAUGCUUCUGUAGGGACAGACCUUCAGGUUUUGGACUCGGUAGUUCAGGUGGGAGACGAUGCAGUCAAAGCAGGUUUUGUUAGUUUAAAACCAGGCGAAUCUGCAAAUAGUGAGUCGGCUAAUGAUUAUUGUAAUGACAAACAGCAACUUGGGAAACAUAAGGCAAUUCUACAGCAAGUUCAAAGACAUCCAACUCGAAAUAAAUGUGGUAUCUCAACAAGAUUGAGAUCAUGGGAAAGGAGAAAUUGUCACAGUGUUUCAUCUGAUACAGACUCUGAACUUUCAUAUCUAUCAGAACUAUCAGUCAUUCCCAAAAGAUAUUCUGUUUCUCAAGAUUCAGAGGCUCUUAAUUAUAAACAUUCUGAAAAACUUGGACAAAUGAUGGAACAAACAACUCUAGAUAAUCUUGUAGAUCUUAGUUCAUCAAGUACUGACCAAAGAAUAACACGAUCUGUUACAAAAAAUUGUAAUUUUAACUUAAAUCAGAAUUCAAAUAAUGGCUUGGAGAAUAUUUUCAUUGAUGAGUUCAGUUGGGUUCCUUCUGAUUUAGACUCAGUUCAUAUUGGUGAAGAACACAGUGAACAAUUAAAAUGGUUAAAAGACGAAAAUCUAGUGUGUGUUGAAAAAAGUAAAAACAGAAUAGUCAGCCCAAUAUAGUGACUAAAAAAGUAAUUCUUCAAAAAUUAGAUAGAACUACCUGUAAAAACCAGUGUGUACUAACACCAUCAUCAAACUCGUAUACACUGCCUCCUAAUAAAUAUGUUGAUACGACUUCAGAUAUUUCAGAAAACAAAAUUCCAAUUCAAAACAUUACUACAAAUUUGAACAGUAAGAACAAAUUUGAAAGUGGCAAUAAACAUUUGCCAAAACUCAAUGAGCAGUUGAUUUCAAAUAAAUUUAAGGAAGCUUUACUCAUAGGUUGUAGUAAACACUCACUUCUUAGAGAAUACUUAGAGAAAUCAUCUAGUUUGAAACAAGAUAAUCUCUCAAGUUAUUUUCCAACUAGAAAAGGAGCUGGGUUUGUGUCUUCAGAUUCUAUUCAUUGUGUAAAAGAAAAUAAGAAUUUGUUGCUUUCUACAGAAUGUAUGAACAAUGAGAGUAUUGCAUCUAGGUUAAGAGGGCCUUCAGGAAGACUGAAGAAAGAAAAAAAUGAGUCUAGUUUAAAUACAUUGUAUGGAGUGUCUAACAGUCAGCAACUCAAUGAAAUAGAGACUAAUCAACUCAAUAAUUGCAUCCAAAACCUAGACUUUUUAUCAAAGAACUGUACCUUGGAGCAACCAUUGGUCAACAAAACAUGUCAUUAUAAUCAAUAUAAUGGUAUAGAUCUUGGUAAAAAAAAUAAACAAAUCCAAUCUAAUGGAAUUGGUUUUACACAAAAACCAUUGAAAAAUGUCAACCAAAAUUUGUUAAGAAGUUCAUUUGAUGUAAAUCAUAAUGGUAAGCAAGAAAUGGAAGCAAACAACUGGGCACUAGCUGAUGUUGCAGAAAGUGGUGUUAAAAAUGGAAGUGGAAGAAAUUCUUUUAUUAACCUAGAUCAUGUACAGUGCAAAAGAAAACGGAGGCACUAUAGAAUGAAUGAAAGUAACAACAGUAAUGACAAGUCAAACAGCUGCCAGUCUUCUUCUGAAGGCUGUUUGAAAUUGACAAUUAGAGUAAAAAGAAAUCCAAUCAUUGAAGAACAUAUUUCUGUCAAUAAAACAGAACUCUCUUCUUAUUCUGUAAAACAAAACAUGGUGUAUGAAAUCCUUCCUAGGAGUAGUAGAGAUAACCAAUGGGGCUCACCAUCAACCUUCACAAAGAAGAAGAAGAAAAAGAAACACAAACAAAAGAAGAAAAAGAAAACAAAAGAAAGGAAAUACAAAAAGUCACACAUGGCAUUACCUUCAUCAGAAGUUAAAUUGUGCUCUGAUGAUGAUGGUAGUACUAAUCAUUUGUGUGUAUCAAGUGGUUGUAAAUUUCACAGUGGUUCUUUUUUCUCAUCAUCAUCAUCUUUAAUAGUGUCCCCACGGAAACCUGGUACAAAAAGAUUUAAACUUAU